GUAUUCUGUACUAAGAAGAGAGAGAGAGAGAGAGAGAGAGAGAGAGAGAGAGAGAGAGAGAGUUACCGAGCGCGGUGUUUUUCGAAUUAUUUUGGAACUGUGGGCUCAAUAUGGGAUUGCUAUUUGCAAAGUUGUGGAGUCUCUUUGGUAACGAAGAACAUAAAAUAGUUAUGGUAGGAUUGGACAAUGCCGGUAAAACAACCAUAUUAUAUCAAUUUCUAAUGAACGAGGUUGUUCAUACGUCCCCGACUAUUGGUUCAAAUGUAGAAGAAGUAGUAUGGAAGAAUAUUCAUUUCAUAAUGUGGGAUUUAGGGGGACAGCAGAGCUUAAGGGCCGCAUGGUCUACUUAUUACACGAAUACAGAAUUCAUAAUUAUGGUUAUAGACAGUACAGAUAGAGAGAGACUCGGUGUGAUAAGAGAAGAAUUGUAUUCUAUGUUAAAUCACGAGGAACUUAGCAAAGCUAAUGUUUUAGUUUAUGCUAAUAAGCAGGACUUGAAGGGUAGUAUGACAGCCGCUGAAAUUUCAAGGCAACUAGAUUUAACAUCGAUCAAAAAACAUCAGUGGCACAUACAAAGCUGUUGUGCUCUCACGGGAGAAGGACUCUAUCAAGGACUGGAAUGGAUCGUUGGACGUCUCAAGAAGACAUGACGUACAUUAUGAGAAUUUGUCAUAAAUUCGACGGAAUAACUAAACUGUAUAAUAUGUGAUUAGCGCGAGUUAGUAUUGUUGCUACUUUGAUGGUCGUACACAUAUUGGAAAAAAUAAUUUUAUGACGUUUUAAAAUGAUACAUUAAUUUAUAGUACGAUGAUCAAAGUAUAACUGCAUAUACCGAGACAAUUACCGUAGCAAAUGUUUAAUGUAUUUCAGAGUGGACGGGCAAAAAAUUUAUUUAUUUUCAAUAAAAUAAUAAUACACGCUCGCGUUUCCUAAUAUAAAAACGUGAAAAUAAUUGUGGAGAAAAGAUGAAUUAUCGAUAGGUAUAAAAGAAAAAAAAAAAAAACAAAAAAAAAAAAAAGAAGAAAAAAAAGAGCGAAGCUAAAGAAGAUUGUAAAAUAUAAAAUAGGAGGUUUCCCAUGAUGUAUAAUGCUUGAUUAAUUUUACAAUAUUACAGAUAUGUUAAAAUAUGUGUUGUUUUACGUUUAAGUAACAUGCAUUUUCAAGAGUGAUAACUGCCAACUCUUAUUCCUCGUUCGCACAUAUUUCAUAUAUCAUUUAAUUUCCGCAAGUACUAUCCAAUAAUAACUAUCGGUUAUUAUAAGAAAAAGAAGCGCAAUUGGAAGAAUCUAAAAUAAAUUCUUCAAAAUAGAAUUCGACCCGUUCACUUGUGCUUAUAACAAAUGCCGAAGCCGCAGGAAGUACUUGUUUACAUACAAAGAGAAUAUCAUCGUUUGGCUUCUUAUGCAAAAGUAAAAGGUACAUCUUUGUACAUAGUUUUUAUACACUUUAUUAACGAUAAGCGACUGUAAAAAAAGAAAAAAGAAAAAAACCAAAAAAAAAAGAAAACAAACAAAAAAAGAAAAGAAAAUAAAGGAAAAAAGAAAAGGAAAAAACUACAGAAAAGAAGAAGAAGAAGAAGAAGAAGAAAAAAGUAAGGUCAGCAAGUAUAGCUCCAAUCUGUAACAUAUUUUUAACAUUUCUGUAUCAAAUUUUAAGCAGAUUUCGUACCGUCUGAACCGUGCAAACAGCUGUAAGACUUCAUAACAAGGAUAGAUAACUGACGGACGGAUGUUUGCUGGAAAAAUCUAAUUUGACUUGUGCGUUACAAAUAAUCUUAAUUAAAUUAAUACACUUGAUACAAAACGAUACAAAUUCAUUUCUGUGUAAUUAUAUAUUAUGGAACAAAAAGUUUUAUUUAUUAAUUAAUUAAAAAUAUAUCGUUUUAAUGUUCAAUCAACAGUUCUUUGAUAAUAAUUUGUAUGCAGUUAGAAAUAUUAUUGCGCCGGGUUGCGUUACUUAGACAAUAUUCAGUCAAGAUGUUAACAAUAUUGAGUAUCAAUAUAAUGGACGUUGAUUAAAUUUAAUUGAGAAAAUGUUAAACAUCAUUGUAUAAGACAAAUGCCGUCUAAAGUCAAGAGUGAGAUUCUUACGUAUAAAAUAAUUUUCUCAUAUUGAGAAAUGACACUUGAAAAUAACGAACUACCGCGCAUACCUAUAAUAAUCGCACUUUUUUGCACAUCGUAUAUGAACAUACAUACGUUAUUUUCUCUUUAAUCGAAAUUUUGUCAAAGUCUUUCAAUGAUAUAAUUGUUGAUAGAAACGUGACUAAAAGUAGUAUUAUCGAAUCGAAGAUUUUUAUCACCCUGAGUUAUUUUCUUAUUUGAAUUAGUUAAAAAAAAAAAAAAAAAAAAAAGAAACAGGAGAAAGUCAGCGUGUAUAAAGCGUGUGUGCGUUACAUGUAUAUGUACAUGCCUAUAUGUACAUACAGAGAGAGAGAGAGAGAGAGAGAGAGAGAGAGAGAGAUAUCAUGUUCAAUUUAACAAAGCAGGCGAACCUGCUUCCUGCGACAUUGUUCAAAAUCACACGAAAUCGUUAGAUCUCUUCUAUCCGUCUUCCUCUUUUAAAAUUUUUAUACUACGUACAAGUGAUGAUCUCAUUUUGUUCCGAUAGUAUCACUUUUGAAAAAUAUUGACAUGAAAAUGAAGGAUCCGUAAAGAAGCCGUACGGAAAAAGUACGCGUGGUUUAAAUUUGUAAUAAAUAAUUUUGCAUUAAAUUACAUAAAUUAGAGAUAAUGAGGAGGGCUGCAAUAAAGUUGCACUUAUUGGUAAUUCCAUUGUCUUGGAUAGUUACGUUCUGUGCCGUGACGUUAUUAUAAAUAGUAAAUAGCGAAUAAAAUGUAUUUUAAAGGAAAA